AUGAUUAAUGAAGGUUUUGAGCCAACAGUUGAAUGCCCUUAUGAUAAUACACACAUAAUAAGUGAGAAGUUUAUCAGCAAGCACCUACUGAAGUGUAGGGAGAACCAUAAAACACACAAGAAAGUAGCUUGCAAAUUUGAUAAGACCCACUUAAUACCGAAACCAGAGCUACCCUACCACUUGAGUGUUUGCCCGAGUCGAUACCUGUUAGAUAGAGAAUUACAGUUAAAGGCGUCUGCCGGAGUCGAUGGGUUCCACUGUGGGGAUGUCAAAGGUCCACAGAUCGUCACAAAUUAUGACAGUGGCGUGGUUGAAGAAGAAUGGGGGUCUGAGGCUGCUUCUAAUGCCCCAGUUGCUUUGUUCAAUAAGAAAGUAUCGGACAGCAAUGAAAGCGAGGCACCUCGUACAAUACCAGGGGCAAACUAUCCAAGUACGUUACCUAGAAGUGCUGCAGCAGCAUCUGGAGAAGAGACCUGUAGGAAGUUCCCGUUUACUCCAUCCAUGGUUGCACAGCUAACAGAGACGUCUAAGACAUCCGCUCAACCAGGCUUAAAAAAUCCAGUAUUUGAGUUUUCACUGUCUCAGACCCUCUCAAACUCUGGGUUUGGCAGAGGUCGGGGCCGAGGAAAUUAUGUGCAACAAGAAUUGCAGCCGGUAGGCGCAUUAAGAUUCCAACUAUCGGACACAAUGCCUCCAGAUUCUGCUGAUGGUUCCGGUCAAGUUAAUAUGUCACAGCCCUUUAGAACUGAAGAAGACCCAUAUGUCCAUCAGGAGUUUUAUGAUCAAACUUCUGAAGGGAACAAUUCAUACUCUGUUCCAAGGCCGGCUAAUUCAUCAUAUCUGCGGCAGCAACAGAAUGAUCUUUAUAAUCAGCGGCAUAAUGAAACAUUGGCGCAGGGCUACCAGUCUUCACUUGAGCAGCUGAAGAAUAACAAAGUAGAAGAGAGUUAUAGUCCAGAAACAUUCACUAAUGGUAAGCAACCAGUGAUCACUUCCAGAUAUCAGGAUCAAACAAAUGUGCCUCGUCUUCCCAAAGGAAGGGGUUGUCUUUAUGGGAUUGAACAGCUCAGACGUCCUGGAAGUUCAUCUUUUGUGCAAGGUUCCAGCUACAGUAACCUUCCAGUUGCUUCUAGACCGGAAGGAACCUCAGGAGAUGGAAGCAGCCAGCCUGCUCAGCAGAACCUGAUUCAAGACAGAGACAGCAAUUUUGCAGAUGCGGACGAUGCAAUAAAUGAAACUUUUCAGAGGGCUCAACGUAAGCUGAGGAAGAAGUUGAGGCAGUUGGCCAUCUUAGAGGAGAAGUUAGCAGCAGGGAUACCACUGAACGAAGAAGAGAAAAGCAAACUUGAGAAGAAGGAAGAGAUUGAAUCUUUGAUGAACAGCUUGUCAAAACAUCUCUAA